ACUUAUACAGGAACACAUUUACACCAUUCUGGGCAUUGGUACAUAAACAGUGUACAAAACGGGUUAUUUUCUGGCGCAUUUCAAAUCAAUUCAAACGCAUCAGCAAUUAAAACAUAUACCGUAAAUUUCUCUGCUUGUCUUAUGCAACUUCCGGUCAAUAAAGUUCGAUUCAAAGUAUAUUAACUGCCCUGACCUCAUGAUGGCGACAAAUACACAUGUAUCGAAAUUAAUUAAAUGACAAGCAUGACACACUUUAACAACAAGAGUUUACAACUUUUAGUUGUAACAAAACAGCUACUGUCAAAAACUAGUGAUCUGAUUGGCUAUCACAACUAGGGUUGUCCCGAUCCGAUAUUUGGAUUGGAUCGGCCGCCGAUUUUUGCCAAAAAAAAGCGUUUUGGCAAGGCAAGGGAAAAUGUCGAUCUAGAUCCAAUUUUAAAAAAAGAUCCGGUCCGUGUUUUUUAACGCACCGAUUUAAAUACAACAUUCCACUCUUCUGUUGCUCCCUAAAUUCCGUUCCGGAUUUUCCAGCAGACCUUCAACACAUCCACAGGUCUGUGUCCUAACUGUUAAAACGGCCAUGUGAAUUAAAAGUUACGGUAAAAAUGUCCGCUGUGUGGGAUUAUUUGACCCUACAAAACGAAAAAGAUGAACAUAGCGAGAGCAAUCACAACCACAUUAACAGGCAACCAAAGGUCGCUGCUAGAGAAAACUGCAACAAUUCUUUAACCCUUCCAAGAGCUGACAGCCGAGGUUAGUGUGAGAUGCUUUCUAGAGAGUGAGAGCGAAGAACACAGAGGGUUUCAAACCAUGAAGGCCACUUUACUCGACACGGUGCACACACGUUUUGACCAUGUGGAAACUGAAGCCCUCUAUGCCGUGGCAACAAUGCUAGAUCCACGCUACAAAGACAAGUUCUUCACUAAUGCUACCAACCUGGAUCAGGCAAAGGAGACACUAAAGGUAGAGGUGAAGAAAAUGGAACAAGAACUGCAGGCCAUGCCCUCUGGAAAAGGUGUGGUUGAGAAUAAGACAGCAAGGCAAACACCAGGAAGGGAGGCUGGAAGCUCAACCAGCAGCCUCGGCAGCUACUUUGACGAGAUACUGGGGGAGAGCAGGACCGCAGGUCCAUCUGAGCAGCAGAUCACCCCAGGGGCAGUGUUUCAGUUGGAGAGCUACCUCGGUGAGCCUCCAGCUGGGGGUAAGAGCAAUCCUUUUCACUACUGGAGAGACAAUCAGUCUCGUCUACCCGCCCUGGCAGCAACAGCAGCCAAGUUCCUCAGUGCUCCUUGCACUAGUGUUGAGAGUGAGAGGCUUUUUAGCACAGCCUCACUCAUCAUUGAUGAACACAGGAGCAAGCUGACACCUGAGCAUCUUGAAGUGCUCGUCUUUGUUCGAAAGAAUCUCCCCAUUAUGCUCAGACUGCAGUCAGGGGGGGCAAACAAUUGAAGGGAGUGUGUAGAAAGUUUUUUGUUUUUUUUAAGUUUACACUUGUUCAAGAGCAAGUAUUGAGGCUGAGUUAUAGACAUUUUAUCCCACACAGGUUGUUUGUGUGUUUUGCUUUAUUUAAUAAUGUUUACAGCAUUAUUUGCACUUUAUACUAUUCACUUUUUCACUGUUCAAUGGUGCCAUUUCUGUUUGUCAUGUAUAAUUUUGUCUAUUUUGUGUUUAUCCUGGAAUA